GGCCGUACGUACUUCCGUUGUCAGACCCUCAUCGUGAGAUACUGAAGAGGAGAGGUACGCCGGCGGUACACAGUGAAGAUGUGCACUGGAAUGCAUGGCCUCGCACAUCUGGCUGCCCGGGUGAGAGCGCCAUGAGACCUGCAGGUCGGUCUCCAUGGCCAGAUGUGUGUGCGCAUCCCUCCGUUUCUUUAGUGUGCAGGACGGCCGGCCUGAUCACAUGAAGAGGAAAUGUUUCACCGAAGCACAACACAUCGAUGUAUCCACAGCACUUCACGCAGCCCAUCACGUUGCAUCCCUCCCUCCCUCCCUCUCUCCCUCCCUUGUGCUGUCUGUGUGUGUCGUGCAGAGGAGUGUGGAUGGCCUGCAUGUCGCUGUCAACACAUUGUGACCAGCUCAUGCAUGCAACUUGGUGGGCAGCCAUGUGCACGUGGGCACGGACGCAUCCUAUUGGCGGAUGACGUCUGUGUGUCUGCCACGACCCACAGGAUCAUGAGCUUCGGCUGCCGACGGCUGGCGUGCUGCUCAACGGCAUCGUAUUCAUCUUCGACCGGUACGCAUGGGAGGCGGGGAGGGGAGAGGGGCAUGGUGUGCUGUGUGUGGUGUGUGUUGGUGCGCUGCAGUCGGUGUGAGUGUCUGGAGGCCGGCCUCCUCGACUGCCUCUACAAACUACGCCAGCCUACACACCAUCGCAGCACACACGGCGAUGUACGCCACCCCCUUCCCUCUGUGUUGUGUCCGUCCAUCACAUCAGUUGAAGACGGCGAGUCAGAGUGCGGCCCGCCCCUGGCCGAUGGCGAUGAGGGCGGCGACGGCCUCCAACCCUUCGGCGGAAUGAAACUUUGGCAACCGCCCGAGCAGCCGGUGUCUGACUUGUUCAGCCUGACGCACAAGACGCCCAAUGUGGGCGUGUGCACCGACUGACAUGAAUAUGGAUGCCUUCUGGCGUUUGAUGCUUG